GCGGUCACGUGAAAACUCCUGUCACGUGACACGAGUAGGAACAAAAUGGCCGCGACCGGAGACGAAGCUGCAGCAAUGGACAGCAUUUCCAGGGAACCAGCGAGCCUCCCGGCGGCACUGGACGCUGCCGGCAGCAGCAGCAGCAGCGGGACUCCGGCGGAACACCCAGAGGCCGAAGCGGAAAACCCGGUGAUCGCUCCGAAGAAAACCGGCGUCAGCAGUGAUGGUGGUGUGGAAACAGCAGAGGAGGCUGUGGAGCCCGCAGAGCCGGACAUCAACGAGUUGUGCUCCGAUAUGUUUGAAAAGAUGGCCAUCUUCCUCCAGGGAGAGCUAACUGCCACCUGCGAAGAUUACAGUUUGUUGGAGAAUAUGAAUAAGCUUACAAGUCUGAAAUACAUGGAAAUGAAGGACAUUAGUAUCAACAUUAGCCGCAAUCUGCAAGAUCUCAACAACAAGUAUGCAAGCCUGCAGCCUUACUUGGACCAAAUAAAUAAGAUUGAGGAGCAAGUAUCCUCGCUUGAGCAAGCUGCCUACAAACUGGAUGCAUACUCCAAGAAACUGGAGGCCAGAUUCAAAAAGCUAGAGAAACGAUGAGGAGGCAGACUGAUGCUGAAGUUUUUGCGCCUUCUUUCCCGCUGGCCCUCCUC